CGGUACAGUUUUUCAAUCCUUGCACUAAACAUGAGUUAUUGGUAGUGGAGAAGCUGUCGACAAAUUUUUUUUUUGAAGGAUAUUAGUUGGCCAACAAGUAUGGAUUCUUAGUCGACAAGGGAUGGUCUACUGGUACGGUCAUGGUUUGUGAAAGUGAAAUCAUAUUGAAAGUCAUACCGAUUUGUUGAUCGUAGGGUAUUCUGUGGUACGAUCGUGGUUCAACAGUUUGUACCGAUAAAAUAAUAUUUUUUUAAAAAAAAUAAUUAUUUUUUCUUAAAAAACCAUGUAGGCAAAAUUAAGGUACCGCCUGAACUCAUAGCAUUUCGGACCGACUUUGGUUUUCGGUUUUCUCGGUUCAACCAACCGGUUCGGCACGGUAUCAUAAACCAUGAGUACUACUACUCAAGGGCGGGUCUAGGAUAAGGAGAGGUGUGUCGCUAGUCGGGAUUUCAAGUAGCGAGAUAACUUUUGUUUACUAGGAAGUUGAUGAACAAUAAUUAUAUUUGAAAUCAUAUCAAUGACCGAUUUAUCAAAGUUAUGGAACUCUGAUAAGAGAAAACCCUGGAUGCCUCUUCAUCGCCACAAAUCGUGAUGCUGUCAGCCUGUCACUCACCUCACAUAUGUUGAGGAAUGGGCAGGUUUUAACUAUCACCUUCGUCCCAGUAACUCGAGUUGUUGGGAGAAAAUUAUGAUGGAUUUUAUAUCACUCUCUAACACGCCCCCCUCAAAUGAAAGUCAACUUAUGGGCUUGAAGUUUGCACAGACCCACCAUACCUUGUGCUUUAAUCAGCUGUUAAUAUUAGGGGUUGUGGAGAUUCGAACACACGACCACUUGGUCAAACCAGACUCUGAUUACAUGUCAUAAACCAGUUGGUCCCAAUAACUCGAGUUGUUGAAAAAAAGAUUAUGUUGGAUCUUAUAUCAUUCUCUAACAUGUAUGUAUGUUACUUUCCCUCUGGAAACUCGAGGCACGAAGCCGAUACAUCGAUUUCCAUAGGAACAGGUUGUGAUUCCAUCUUGCUUGUGUUUUAUUGAUCAUAGAGUUAGUUACGUUCUUCUCGAGCUCAUCAAUGUGUGCAAUUGCCUGAUCACAAGAGUUGCAGCGUUCGUUAAUUAUUGUGUGGAUUCGAACACAGAGGAUCUUUCGGUGUUACAGAAGACACUCUGAUACGUUGUCGAGAACGAAUUGAUCCCAAUAACUCGAGUUAUCGUCCCCUCGGAGUGCUUGGUCCGCCUUCGACUACAUUCGGAAGGAGAUGAUAGCAAACUAGCAAUCCAACCCAUGCUUCCUGACUGCCGAAUGCUGUUAUUCGAGGAGAAUUUAUCAAGGCAGGCUUUGUUCAUUAGCCCAAAUUCCUUCUGCCGAACGUGCCUUUUGUAGCAUAAUGGCAAAUAAGAAAGUAGAAGGGGAAAAAAAAGUACUGUACUUUCGAGGAGAAGAUGCCCUCCCAAAGUUUUGCUUAUAAAAACACCAUGGCCAAAUGUACGAAACAGGGCAAACUUACUAUAACUAGCUAGCUAGCAGGCUGAUGACGAUGAUGGCAGUUGGAAUUGGUUGUCUUAAACUCGUCGCGAUCGGCAUCUGGUUGCUCUGCAGCAGCAGAGCGAUUCGAACGACGACGGCGGAAGACGUCUAUCCUCUGUGCAGCGUCGAGAAGGUGUCGACAGGGGACCCGCUCGCCAUCGCGAUCGAGCACCUGAUGUGGAAUCUGGUGGAAGCAGGGCCGAAGCUCGCGAGUAAUCCUGGGGCGAUCUCAUGUUAUGAUCAACACGAUCACGGUCCCAAUGGCGAUGCCUGGGCUUAUGGCUCGGUGGCUUGUACUGUCAAGGAUGCUGCCGCCUGCAACGCCUGCUUAGCCUAUGCAAUCCAUACCGUCUCUGACGGCUGUCUCGACUGCCGUGGGGCGCAAGUCGCUCUGCCUGAAUGCUUCUUGAGGUACGAGGCGUAUCGGUACUGCGAUUGAUGAUGGUGAUGGUUGGCAGCAGUUUCAUCGAUGCUCUGUUUCUCUUGAUGAUUUGGUUCCCCUGUUUCUGGUUUUGCUGUUCUGGUUUGGAUAUGUAAUGUUAUGGGUCCGCCGUUGUUACAAUAAGCUUGGUGUAAUGUACUUGAAGCAUGUGUGUACUGGUCAAUAACUUGCAAAUUGAGCAAGUUACUUGAAAGAUGAAUGGAAUAUGAAUUUUGGGCUAUUCUUGGAUCCACUAAUAAAGCAAGGAUUAAAAAAAACCGUACUCACGAAUCAAAACGGAUCGAUAUGGUAAAUAGAAGUGUGAGCUUAUAGUGUUUCACACGGACUUAGGUUUUUCGAGUUUCUGGUUCAGCCGAACGGUUUGGUACAGUAUCAAAACCAUGGGUACUACCACUCGAGAGCGGACCUAGGAUAAGGGGGAGGUGUGUCGCGGCUCGAGGUUUUGAUGAAAAAUUCAGGUUUCGUCAUUAUAAAAAUUUGAAACUAGAAUCUCUGACACACGUUCAAAAGUUGUAAUUGACAUAUUUGUUGUAAUUGCAAGCAGUGAGAUGACCGAUUUAUCAAUGUUUGAGGGGUUGUAUGCAAUGAAAAUUAUUUGAGCAAAACAAGCGAUACAUGUAUUUCACAAACCUCUCAUAGUAUACAAUAAUUAUUGCUCACUAUGAAAAACAAUGAGAUUGUGUACUCUAUGAAUUAGAUUCUUAUUUAUUUAUUAUUUUUUGUAGGCUGACACACCUCUUUGAAAACUCUAAUCUACUUUAUGAGUUUUAUGGUGUUUCUCGUUUUUUUAUAAGGGUGAUAAUAGUUUAAUUUAUUUAUAAUUUCAGUACUACUAAAAUGAUUCGAACCUCAAACCUCCAAGUUCAAGGCUAGAGGUAUUACCACUAGAUCGAACCCUUAUUUUUUAUGGUGUUUUUUUGUUGUAUUUCUCAUCUUCUUCAUGAUAUUUGUGAUUAGCCUCAUGAGAUUUUUUUUUUGGUUUCUAAUCUUUCUGGUAUGUUUCAUAGGAAUUGUGGUAUGUUUUUCGAGUUUUUUUUCGGUUGCUUUAGAAAACUUAUGGCCAACUUUUAUGGUAUCUUUUCUACAUUUUCUAGUUAGUUUUAUGAGAUUUCUCAUUUCCAUUGUGGGCAUUCUGGUUUACUUGAUGAUACUUGUGACCCGUUUUGAGAUUUCUAGUAGUAUGCUUAAUAUGAGGAUUGAUUCAUAAAAAAAAAGAAUGAGGAUCGGAAAAAGAAAAUAUUUCUAUUGGUUGGGAUUGGUUGUUGAGGUUGGCUCGCCGGAGGCCCUGCCGUGACGGGCCGGCCGGAAAAUUCCCAUCCUUCCUGCCGAACGCUGUUAUUCGAUGCUUACUCAAGGCACCUUUGUUUCUCACCCAAAUUCCAUCGGCCGAAACGUACCUUUAGUAAUCCCCCACAAAUCACAUCCGGCAGGAUGCAACAUAAAGGCAACAAGAAGGA